AUGAAUAAAAAAUUGCAAUUAAUCACUACUCAUAACUAUUCCUUAAUAAAUUAUCUUAAAGUAUUCCAAAAGAAAUUACAACUCCUUGAUACAACCAUUCAACCUCAAUCAAAUUAACCAAAUGGAUAAUUCACUUUUAUUACAACUUAAAUUUAGAUAUACUCUUUAUAUGAUUCCUCUAACUUGUUUUAUCUUACAGAAGACAAAGACACAAUUAAUAUAUUAUUAAAUAGUGAUUCAAAUACAAAUGGAUGCACAUAAUGGUUUCAUUUUUAGGUUUAAGCAUUAAAACCUACAGUAACAAUAAAAUUUAAAAUAUUAAAUAAUCGAAGAAGUCAAUAGUUACUAACUAACUCUAAACCAUAUACAUCUAAAUCAGCUUGCUUUGAUUUACACUACUAUAAAACCAAUAUACAUCAUCCCUACUAUGCAAAUGAUGACUCAUAUAUAGCAAAAUAUUAAUAAUUAAUGCCCUUUUACACUCUAGAGUUUAAAUUCACUUUUCAAGAUGAAGAAAUAAUUACUUUUGCAUAUGCUCAACCCUAUCCACUCUCUAGAGCACUUACUUUAACUGAUUAUAAGACUAUUGGAUACACAUAACUAAAUAACCCAAUCAUACAAAUUAAAAGAGGUAAAGCAAAAUAAUAUGUUGUAAUCUUGGCUAGAUAGCAUCCUAGUGAAACUAGUGGGUCUUUUGUAGUUGAACAAUUAAUUAAUAUAAUCAAUUCUACUAAAUAUAGAUACAUUAUAUAUCCAAUGGUAAAUCCAGAUGGAGUAUUCUUAGGUAAUAGUAGAUGUAAUUUACAUGGUGUUGAUUUAAAUAGAAAAUGGAUUAAUCCUCAACUAUCAUCAGAACCAGAGGUUUACUACAUUAAAUAGUCUUUAGAGAAAUAUAAAUAGAAGAUUAUAAUGAUGGUCGAUUUACAUGGUCAUUCAACUAAACAACAUUAUUUUAUAUAUGGAUGUGCUAAUAAUUAAAAUAAUAAUAAUGAAAUUAAGAAUUUGAUUGCUAAAUUUUAGAAUCACUCGUUGUUUAAUUUGAAUUAUUGUUCUUUAGAAACAUAAGCAAAUAGAAAGAGUACUGCUAGAUAGACAUUCUGGUAUCAAUACAAGGUUUAAUUUUCAAUUACUAUUGAAAUAAGUUUGUUUGGUUCAUAAAAUGGUAGAUUUAGUAAUUCAGAUUAUAAAGAGAUUGCUUAAUAAAUAUAUAAUUCAAUUGAAAAAUGUAAUGAACCUAUAGCUGAUUAGGCUACAUUACCAAUGAUUAAGAGUUUAAGUGAUGAAUAGAAUGAAUCUGAUAGUGAAUGUGAAUAAGAUUUUGUUCAUGAUAUGGUUAAAAAGAAAGACACUUACUAAGAAACCAAGAAAUUUUUAUUCAAAUAGAAGACCAUAUAGGCCGAGACUUAAUCUAUUCAGUAGGAUUAGUAAUUAAAAUAAUUAUUAUUGCCACAAAUAAAGACGAUUAAAUCGAUGACUAAAUCAGAACAUAAAUCUUCAACUAAAAUGGAGUUCGAAAAUUAGAUGAAAGUCAAAUAAGAUUCAUUUUAAAAAAAUUUUAAUAUCAUAAAUUAUUUCCCCCAAAGAAAUACUCAACCAAAGAGAAUGAGUUCUAUAAAGAAAGAAUUGAAUUAAAAUAAAUAUCCAUAAAUAAAGAUAGAGUAACUGAAAAAAUAUUAAAUUUUAUGA